CCUCCCACGGCGCCGGCAGUUUUUUUAACCCACCCGUGAGCGACACACGUCAAUGAUGCUAUCACCGCGGUUGUUCGCGUUGUUUGCCCUUUUCGCUAUCGCCGCUGCUCUCCCGGCGGGCGAUAAACCCACGCACCCGGUAAGCGUCCCAAUCCCGGAGGAGUUCGACGACGAGGCGCCAUGGUUCACCUUCCCGAAAUUUCCCUUCAUGAACUUCUUCUCGCCGAUCUGGAACCUGUUCCCCUCGAUCGCUGAUUUCGGCCCCAAAAUCGAAGUCGAUGACAAGAAUUUCAGAGUGAUCGUCAACGUGAACAACUAUAAACAGGACGAUUUGAAGGUGGAAGUGAAGGGAGACUUCAUCUUCAUCCAAGGGUCGCACGAAGCGAAGAAGGAUGACCACGACUUGAUCGCCAGCCAGUUCUUCUACACUUACACCCUGCCGGCAAACGCUAGCGCUUCUGAUGUGACUGCUAAGAUCUACACGGAUGACGUCCUCGAAAUUUCGGUGCCAUUGAAUGGUCAAUCUGAGGAGAAGGUUGAGAAGCGCGUCGUGCCCAUCACCGAAGCUGGUGUGGCGUACAACAAGGAGAAGGAAGUAGCCACAGUCGGGCCCGUUGAAGAUAAGAAGGAGCCCACGACCGUCGCAGACCGGGAACCGACCACGAGCCCAACCCUGACAAACGAAGCAGAGAACAGCGCAGCGAACGAAGUCCAACCUUAAGUGAUAUUUAGAAUAAGUAUGUAUUUAUAAAUCAGUAUUUUAAUAAAUCCUUUUUGUAUA